UCACAUCUCUUCAUCACAGAUGUCCAGUAUCCGAGCGGAGAAGAAGUUUCCUCCCUGCGAGACGGACAAUCCAGAAGACCAGGUCAAACCCAUGCUGGACUGGGCCAACGGCGGCUUCCUGCCCAAAGGCGGGGAGGGACUCAAACCCACACACAGUGCCGACAGUAACCCUCUGGACAACCAGGUCCUCGACGUUUCGCUGCCCGAGUAUUUCCCCAGCGCCAAACGGCCCAGAGUCAGCCUCUGUAAGGGCAAGGCCGCCCCUGAGGAGACAUACAGCAGAGAACAAAUGGUGAAUGAAGUUCUAAAGAAUAACAGAAGUAUAGAAGAGUUCUGUCUCUCUUGUGGGAAGACGAGAGUAGCAACCUUCCACCCGCUCUUUAACGGAGGCCUGUGCCAAAAUUGCAAGCCGGAAUUCAACCCAAACAAUCAAGACCAUGUGUCAGUUUACCGAUCGCCGUACCACGCUCCAUCACAGGGCUACAACCAACCAGCACGCACCAUCAGGAGACCGACCAAUCCCGGAGCAGCGAGGGCUGUAGGGAGCAGAAGGUCUGCCUCUGCCAAUCGGGAGGGUUUAACCUCAAGGAGAUCGUCCGCCAUCCGUCCAGGUCAAUUUGGGUACGGCAGGGUCCCGUUCUCUCUUCCUCUGCAUCGCCAAAACCGGCAGGCUCGCCACACUGUCAACGGCACCGAUGCUGAAACAGCUGGACUCAAUGAAGACGAUGCAGAAAAUAACAAGAAAGAGGAAGAGGAGACUGGGAGUGAUGGAGAAGAUAGACAGGCGGCUAGGCGUCAGGAGGCGCUUGCUGCUGCUGAGGAACUUCCCACAAAGACCACAACAAUUGGUCAACCCCACCGCAACGUUAACAGACCCCCACAAACCAACACAGAGCACAGGAGGGCAAGAGUCCCACCCCCUCAGCCCUUCUCUCGCUCUUCAUCACCAUCUCUGCUUCCCAAUCGCCACCGCUUUGACUGGCACUCCCUCCAUUCACAGAGACAGGGAGUUCCACACAGGCUUCGCACCCACAGGUGA